AUGGUCAUCAACCCUACCUACCUUGCCCAGCGCACGCGCUCAUCGGUCAAUUGGACCGAUGCAAAGAAGAGGGUCAUCCACAGCUACAGGGACUGGCUACGAUCGGCCCCCGAGAUUCAGACCAUGUACUCGCUGAACAUGCCCGUCUCCACGCUUCGGACGAAAAUCCGCCAAGAAUUUGAGCGGCACCGAUAUGUGAACCAAGUGAAGACGGUGGAUGUCCUGCUGUUCAACAGUCACCAGGAAUUCCAGGAAACUCUCAACUACUGGAAGCAGCUGUCACACGUUCUCAAGUACUUCCGAGCGGAGGAGGAUCCCAAGGCGAGACUGCCAGCGAACUUCAUCAAUGGAUUCUUGGAGGGACGCAACUGA